GAGUGGUUGAAUGAUAUGUUGAGCGCAUGUCUGCUCUCACUAUGUCUUCACUCUUGAGUUAUGAGUAAAUAUCUUCACAAUUGAUCCAUAAAUUGCACCAUUGAUUGCAUGCCAUGUGUGCACACAUUGACUGAUAUAUGAAUAUCGAGAAACCAAACAGUAUUUGAAUUGAAAUUAAUUUGUUUGGACACAAGAAUCACUCAAAACUUAGUCCCAAAUGUCUGUCGCAUUCAUUCCUCAGCAGAAGAGUCGGCAGAAUCUGAAUCCACAACAGAUUCAAAAGAUGUUGGAUGAAAACACACAUUUGAUUCAAUGCAUUGUCGACUACCAGAACAAAGGCAAAGGACAGGAAUGUCUUCAAUAUCAGCAACAAUUGCACCGAAAUCUGGUUUACUUGGCGUCAAUCGCCGAAACCAAUCCCAACAUCUCGGCAUUGCUUCCGCCGCCGCAGGGCUUCACUCCCACCACAAACGCCAUGAAUAACCGACCUCCCUCUCAAUCGCAAACACAACCCAUGUCUCAAACACAGCCCAACCCCUCAGCCCAACCGCCGCCUCCACUCCAAAGCCAAUCGGGAGGACAACCGCCACAACAGUCACCGGCGGGACAUCCGAUGCCUCAAAACGCUUCGCAACAACAACACCAACAGUUGGGACAACAGACGCCGUACUCGCGAUCCAUGCCGUCAUCGCAGUCGAUACCAGCGGGA